AUGGUCAAAGAACUGAAGGAUGUCAAGAUUGCCGUUAUUGGUGGCUCUGGCCUUUAUCACCUCGAAGGGCUUGAAGUGAUUGAAGAAGUAUAUCCUGAAACUCCUUGGGGUUAUCCUAGUGACAAAAUCAUCAUCUCUGCCACUCCUAGCGGUAGCAAAAUUGCCUUCUUAGCUCGCCAUGGCCGCGGCCACUAUUUGACACCCACCGAAGUACCUGUUCGAGCCAACAUUGCUGCCCUUAAGGGUCUUGGUGUCGAAGUCAUCAUUGCCUUCUCCGCCGUCGGUUCACUCCGUGAGGAGAUCCCACCUUGCGACUUUGUCCUUCCCGACCAAUUGAUCGAUCGUACUCGCGGUUUGCGUCCUUCCACCUUCUUUGGCGACGGCGUGGUCGCUCACGCCGUCUUUGCAGACCCCUUCCAUGAAGGUUUGGCCAAUUUGAUCGCCAAGCACGAAUCAAGUUUGGAAUUCGGUGCCAAGUUGCAUCGCAACAAGACAGCAGUCUGUAUGGAAGGCCCCGCCUUCUCUACUCGCGCCGAGUCUCACAUGUACCGCUCCUGGGGCGGCGAUAUCAUCAACAUGUCUGCCUUGCCGGAAGCCAAACUCGCUCGUGAAGCCGAAAUUGCUUAUCAGAUGGUCUGUAUGUCUACUGAUUAUGACUGCUGGCGUCAAAAUGAAGAAGUCGUUACUGUCGAAACUGUCAUGCAAAACAUGGGUAACAACGGCAAGAACGCCAAGAACCUUCUUCAUGCCAUCCUUCCUGAUCUCGAAAAUGCUGUUGCUCAUGGUACUCUUGAACCCAACUACAAAGGCUCCAUGAAGUUUGCUGUCAUGACAGCUAAAGAAAAGAGAAACCCAGAGACAGUUCAAAAAUUAGAAUAUAUUUUGCCUGGCUAUUAUUCUUAA